AUGAACAUCGAGAUCAUCGACCUCUUGGGCAACGUGGUGACAUCGCCCCAGUCGCUGAUGCGCCCAACCGGUUCUCCCACCUUGUCCGAGGAUGCCGCGUACGGCGACAAGAACUGCGCCAACUGCGGCCAGAGCGGCUCGACUCACACGUGCACCGGCUGCAAAGUGACCGACGUGGGCCAACUGCGGGUUUUCUACUGCGGAAAGCAGUGCCAGGAGGCUCACUGGAAGGCUCACAAGGACAGCUGCCACGGGCGUCGCCGUCUCGCCCGCGCCGUCUCUCUCUUUGGCGAGAUCUGGACCGCCUUCGAAGAAGCGACUUUCACGAGCAACGUCGUAUUUGUCGGCCAGAAGGAUGGCAUAAUCUCGCUCAAUCUGCGCGAGCCAGGAUUGGACCCUCGAGGAUGGGCCGGCGGGUCGGUUAUCAGACCCUUUCCGGGUGAGAUGUUCCCAAGCGACACCAGCGAAGCGAUCAAGCAGGCAGUUCUCUUCGACAGCGAGUGUUGCGACGUCGCUACUGUUGGGUUACCGCUGCUCAACGUCUUUCUCAAGCCUAUCUGUGCAGAGCUCACAGAAGCAGCCGUCGAGCCUAGAGAUCCAGCUUUGAUCGUCCAUCUCCGGGGAACCGACUAUUUGGACUCGGAUCACAGAAUCCUCCGAGUCACCCUGCCGACUGGAGAGGUCUUCGCUAUCGACUUCACCGGCGCUCAGUAUGGAUGGAAGGAGACGCUGUACUCGUGGGACACGUACGUGAAAUACCGAGUCCGCAAUGUCCAAUCGGUCGGACAACUCGGCUGGGGGAGGGAAGCCUUGGACGCAAUGCUAUCGACGUUUGCCCCCGAUGGGCCGGAGAGAGCUAUCUUGGCCGUUCGCAAGGCCGCCAUGCAAGGGCUGAAGACUCAAGUUGACGCCCUGUUGGCAUCGCAGGAGAUCAGCGCGAGAAAGGUCAGGCCCUGGCCCGACAGCGCAUUCACGACUGCCCGCGAGAAGCUGGUCACCGAGGCCAAAGCCUACCUGCACGGAAUUCUCCGGGGCCUCAAGGAAAAUGGAAUUGGCCGGCUCUACUAUAACCGUCUGUAUCUCCACCGCGUGACGCUGUCGGCCGAAGUUGCGAGCAAGUACGACAGCGUGUGGCUCUCCGACGAGGAGAAGGACGCGGAGAAGGGCAAUGUGGAUGCCCUCAAGCGCAUCUGGGCUGAGAGAGUGGCCAGAAUCAACUAG